AUUGACACGAGUUAUGUGCACUGUUUAGAACUGGAGAAUAAUUAAAGAAGGGGAAAAAAAAAAGAACGCCCACUAAAUAAAAUUACAAAAGCAGGAUUGAUUUGGGCAAACACCACUAAUUUCGCCAGAGCAAUUUAAACAACAAAAUAAGAUGCUUCAGGAAAAGUAAGAAAUGAAACGAUGAUAGAGGUUACAGCAAAAGUAGUGCGAGGUCCAGUAUAUUUGACGGGCGAAUCAGUUGAAUGCUACAUUACGUUUUCAAAUACCCCAGCACCUGUCCAUAAAAGAUCACAGAGUAACAGUGAUGCAUUUGAGAGCCUUGCAUGGGCAAGUGCACAGAUUCACUGCCAGUGCACCACAAACAGCAAAGUCACGUAUCCAGAUGAGAACUUGUUCACAGCAGAGGAACUUUCAACUGCCAACACUGAUACAUCAUUUGCUCCAUGUAGAGGUGAGAGAGGCCAUGUUGUGCUGUCCACAAAGCCAAGAAUUUUGUUCUGUGACCUGCGACUGUCUGCAGGGGAGAGCAAGUCCUAUCUAUACAGUGAAAUGCUACCCAGUGAGGCUCCCCCAUCAUACCGGGGCCAGGCUGUCAAGUACUCAUAUAAGAUCACAAUUGGCAUGCAGAGAGUGAACUCCCCCAUCAAGCUGCUGCGGGUGCCACUCAGGGUGCUGGUUGUUAAUGGCUUUCAAGAGGCCUCACUCUGUGGCGACAGUGAAGAACUUGCCCCGAGCAAUCCAUUCCUUCAGAUUCAGCAGAAGGAAACACUGUUUGAUCUUGCCAUGCAGGCUGUCCAGACCCUGACAUCAAAGCGGAGCCCAAACUUUUACAACAUCACUAAAUCCCAGGGGAAAGUGGUACGAUUCUGCCUGUUCAAACAGGCCUACAAACUUGGGGAAGACAUCGUUGGGACAUUUGACUUCUCUGAGGCAACAGUACCCUGUGUGCAGUUCUCAGUGGUACUGCAGAGUGAAGAGGAAAUCGCACCAGGUUGCCGGUCCUGGUCAAAACAGGGCUCUGCAGUAGUCUCAUACACAAAGUACCAUGAGGUGUGCUUAAGUCUGAAGCACUCACAGCUCAUCCUGCCCAUUCCACUGCAUGUAACUCCUGGCUUCACCACUGAUCUUGUUACACUACGGUGGAGGCUACACUUUGAGUUUGUGACUAGCAACACACACCUUAUACAUGAACUGCCUGCAAGGGACCUGGAAAAUGGAAAUAUAUGGGGGGGACCAGCAAGGUUGAACAUUGAGACAAUGGUAUGGAAUCUGCCCAUCAAGAUCUACCCCACGACACCAUUGCAGAUCUCUCAGGGACUACAGACACAGCUGAAACACAGGCUGGCAGUCUGAGUGGUUUGUAGCAUCGGCGUUCAAGGGAUGGAAAUGACAUCAUGAGACCUCAGGACAUUAUCUGCUGACUUCGGAACCCUUCCUGUGAGAACUCCAUGGAAAUGAACUCAUCCAGGAAUUUUAAUUCUGAAUGUGAACAAGUUAUUAUUGAGCAAACAGUGAUUCCAUGUUUAUGUGUAGUACAAUAUCCAAAGGCAUCAAAUUAAAGUACCAAUCUUGAGUAAACAAAAAAGUGUAUUGUUUUUGAAACCUAUAUUGUUUCUUCUGCCUCACCUUUAGUAUGGAACAUGAUGCUCACAUCCCCAAAGUUGUUAAAUGUGAAAGCUGAGACAACCAGAAACUGAAAAGUGAUUCAACUCCAAAAGAAUAUUUUCACAUCCUUUUACUGGCAGGGGUGAGCCAGAUAAAACUACAGUGUAGGCUGUACAUUGCUGACCCCUGUUUGCACUACAGUACACUUAUUAUAUUAUAAUGUAUUUACCUUUCCCUGUAUAGUAUAGUAUAGUAUAGUAUUUAUUGCAUUCAAGCAAAUCCAAUUACAGGCCAACACCACUGGACACAGAACAAGUCAAAUAUCUUCAACAAAUGCUCCAACAAUGGAACUAGUCAACAUAAAA